AAUAACGUCAUUACUAAAUGGAAGUUGCCACAAUUGAAAAGGCCAAGAUUAGGAUCCUUUGACUCCAUGGAUUCUUUAAUAAUAUAGAUACAAUGAACCAUCAACUACGACAUUACAGAAAAUUGUUUGAUAAAUACAUCAGUUUUGUUCCGAUCAACGGUCCUCAUGAAUGCACUGAUGUGUUUGACAAGAAGAUCGCUGAAAUGUUCAAGCCUCCAUUCUUCGGCUGGUAUUUUUACAAUCCAAAAACAAAUGAAUGUAAAGGCAUUGAGGAAUCCAUCCAAUAUAUUGUUCAAUACAUAAACACGCACGGGCCAUUUGACGGAGUGCUUGGGUUUAGCCAAGGAACAAUAAUGGCCAGAAUUAUUCUCAAACUAUCAGAAUUUGAAAGCGAAGUUCCCAAAAUUGAAGUUGGUGCUCCAAAAUUUGGAAUCGUUUUCUCUGGAAUUUUUACAGAGAAAGCUAAAUACUUUUCCAAAUGUAAGGAAGACUCGCUAAACAUAAUGAAUGAGUAUGAACAACCAAUGCUUUAUGUUUAUGGAGAGAAAGAUCCUCUGAUUGAGUAUGUUGAAAAAGCCUUAGUGAAAGAGGGAGACUUCACUAUCGUCAAGCAUCAUUACGCCCACAAUAUCCCAAAGUUGAGAGGAGAAUUUUUAAAAGAGUUUUGUAGUUUCUUUGAUAGAAUGUAUUACAACAUCAUUGGAAAGCACAUGGAUUUAGAUUUUGGUGAUUUUAAUACAUAAAGUUAAUAAUUUCAUUCAACCUGUUUCAGAAA